ACUGGUGCUGUCCCUGAGGGCUGAGGAUUACCAGAAGCUUGGAAUCGAGGGGAAAGGAUCGUACUUCGAUAGAGUCAAGAAUUCUCGUUACGCCUGUAAAAAUGCCCCGGAAGCAUGAAGUGCCUGCGCUGCAGGAGCUGGCACUCUGCUCCAUCGGCGAAUACGUAACAGACUUCGGUAAAUCCCUAGUCCCUCCGAUCUGCAGCGAAUCACGAACAGAUCCCCGAGGUGGUUCAAAACGUCUGCACAAUCUCUUGAAAUCAAUGAAGCACCGUCUGAGCUCAAGCAUUCCCCGUCACUUGUACAACCGAAUGGCUCUGAAAUCCUUGACUGCCAUUAAACUCCUGAUAAAUGAUCGUCGAAACACUUACAACGAUUUUCAACCGAUCAACGUCUUCCUCACAGAGGUGAGUGUCCUGGUGAAUCUCAUCGAGGUGCUGCUCCAUCACAAUCUGCGCUCGAUGGAGUUCGCUGAGUGGCCGAAGAUAAUGCGCCACGUCCUAUACAACAACCUCGAGAACAUGUCGGGUCUUGAGGUGCUCGACCUUGGCUCAGGCUCCGCUGGUUGGAGAACAUCUGAGAUUGAGAAAUUGAUAAUUAAUGGUGUAUCUCAUAUGCCAAAUCUGUUAUCAUUCACCCUCUGUUCAGACUGCACUGACAACAUCAUCUUCGUGGUGGGUGAGACCUGCAAGAAGCUCAGGGCUCUCGACGUCAUUGCCUCGAGGUCAGUGACAGACAGGAGUAUUCCCUCGAUUCUCAAUUGUCAGUUUCUGAAAGAAGUCAAGCUGUUCAGGACUUCUGUCUCGAUAGGUGGAUUCUCUGAACUUCUCAUGAGACUCCCCUGGCUCGAGAAUAUGGGACGUUGUGACGACGUUGGGGAAGUCUUCGAGGCCAUCUCCCUCAAGGAAAUCAAUCAGGACAAGAGUCUUGCUCUCAAGGUCCUCGAAACUAGAAACGUCACGAUUGAUGAUCUGUUCUUGUUCGUCGACGUAUGCCCCUUCGUCACUAGUGUAUCGAUCAUGUGUGAUGAGAGAACUGAUCUCAGGAUUCUCUCUGCACUGGAGCACCUCCAGGAGCUCAAGCUAUUGUCUUGUGAUUUUUAUGGCGACAAGGUGAAUGAUCUGUUGGAGAUGACCAACUCGAGGAUAAGGAGUCUUCAUCUGGAGCACGUGGAGGAGAUUGACAGGAGUGCUCUGGUAUAUAUUAGUCAGUACUGCCCUGGAAUUAAGAGCCUCACGUUUUAUAAUUGCGAUUUCUCCGAGGGACUCUCCACCCAGUUCAGGGCUCUUAAGGUCGAGCCCUUCAGGCAACUCCAGAGGCUCAAGUGUGUCGCUGAUUGCGCCAGCUGUCAUUUGGAGUUUCUGUUGAGCAACUGUCUGGCGAUUAAAUUUAUUCAGCUUGGAUCCUCCACUGGAGUUGGCGAUUUGACGAUGCAGAAGGUCUUUGCUGUCAAUAAAAUGAGAGAGUUGGAGGAACUCAAGAUUCUUUAUGGUGGGGAUCUGUCGAUGAGGACUGUGAGAUUGAUUAUGGAGAAUUGCGAGGGCCUCAGGCGUCUCAGUGAACUUGAGGGUUGGCAUGGAGUCACUCAGCACGAGCUCGAGGCAUUCAGGGAGGAAUUGAGGGUCAAUAAUGUAGAUUUGGAUACUAGUCCUACUUUGUCACUUGCUUGAGGCUUUUUUUUGACAAAAUAGGUCCCAGAGAAAUAGAGAAUUCCCAAUUCUCAUUUUAGUAUUACAAAGGGAUUAUUCCGAUUUAGCGAUCGAACUUUUAGGGUCAAGUGGUCAGGCACUGAGAGGAUAACCAACAGCUGCUCCAGGAAAUGUCAGGCAGUCUUUAAAUAUUCAGCACCAUAUUCUAUUUUUUCUUUGUAAUCUUCGUAUAACGAUUUAUUGGAGAAUGUUUGUUUUUCUCGCAGUGUAGGAAUGAUUUCGGGAAAUCAAAAUAGGGAAUUGAAACUUUGAAAUCUUUAAUUCCGUCAGAAUGUGAUAGCAAUAACUUUCAUAGUGUUCUCUGUAAAAUUGUUUUUGGAGGCUGUUUUAACAACGAAAUUCAUUUAUUAAUGAUCUACCUAACGAUUUUAUGAUUCACUCGAGUCGUUUCGCCACUUCACUCAUGAAUUAAAGAUCAUGAACAGCUGAGAAUAUUUAUUAUGAUAAUAAAUUUGUGAUAAUUUUAUCGUAAUUAAAAUAACGAUUUCUUUGUGACGUGGAAAUCAGCAGUACUGAGGUGACACAGACUAUUGUUUUCCAUUAAUGUUAAUGAUAACGAAUGCUGGUACUAAUUUAAAUGUUUAUACGGUAUUUUGUACACUAGUCUUCGAGGAAUUUGUACAUGUGGACUGUGAUGACGCUUCCAAUUUUGUUAUUUUUAUUUUAUUUUGUAUAUAAAUAUUUUUUGAUGAUAAAUCGUCAAUGGGGAGUUGA